AUGAAGCAGAAGGAGCAAGGAAGUAAAGGUGAUGAAGCUUCGCAAGGUCAAGCGUUCAUCUCAAGGGACAAUCAGCGCAAAGGCCGACCAGUGAAGAAGUCCUGGCCGUGCCACAAUUGCGGAAAGAUUGGUCACUGGAUGGCGGAGUGCCCUUCGCGCAUCCAAGAAAACACGGAGAGACACCGGCCACAGCGCGCUCAAGACAGCGGCGACCGCUAUCGAUCGCAACGUGCAAACAUCACUCAAGAAGAAGACUCGGGCGACUACCUCUUCUCGAUCGGUGAAACGACAUCUGCGAAAUCAAGCGACAUCUGGCUGGUCGACUCCGGGGCGACGCAGCACAUGACGUGCUCCAAGAAGUUCAUGCGGAACUACAAGGUGUUUGACGCUGUGGAUGUCCAUCUCGCGGAUGAUGGAAUUGUCCAAGCAAUCGGCAGUGGGGACAUUGUAAUGUCGAUGAAGACACCCCAAGGGAUGAAUCAAGGUGUGCUCACAAACGUGUGGCACAUCCCAAAGUUAUCCAGAAACCUGUUCUCAGUCGGCCGCUUCACCAAGGAUGUGGGCCCAGUGACGUUCACAAAGGAUGGGUGCUAUGGAGAAGCGAAAGGGGCCAAGUGGAAAAUUAAUGCCCGUGAAGGUAAAGGACUGUUCAAGCUGCAAAUGACUCCAGUGGCGCCGGAACAAGCAAAUGCAGCCAAGUCGUCGGGAUGUCAAAGGGGCACCAAGUCGUACCUCUGGCACCUUCGGCUUGGCCACAUAGGUCAUGAUGAACUCAAUUGCAUCGUGACGAAGAACAUUGGAAUUGGCAUCGACAUACCUUCGAUGAAGAAGUGGGACGUGUGUGAAGGUUGUGCUCUGGGAAAACAGACUCGAAUGCGCUUCCAAUCGAACACUACAGCUCGCACCUCCAAAUUGCUCGAAGUGAUUCACAACGACGUAUGCGGACCGAUGUCGGUGGCAACAUUCAGUGGAAAGCGGUACUUCGUGACAUUCAUCGACGAAAAGUCAAGAUACUGUGUCGUGUAUCUGCUCAAGAGCAAAUCUGAAGUUGCGGCGAAGUUCAUGGAAUACGCUGCGAUGGCCGAAACGCAAACCGGAAAGCGCGUGAAGUACCUUCAAAGCGACAAUGGGGCCCUGUAUACUCCUCAGCUCAACGGAGUUGAUGAGAGAAUGAAUCGCACGCUGGUCGAGUGUGAGCGCUGUAUGAUGGAACAUGCUGGACUGGGAAAGAGCUACUGGGGUGAAGUAGUGAUGACGAUGAUGUUUCUUCGAAACCGCUGUCCAACACGUGCCACCCACCAAUACAAGUCUCCAUAUCAAGUGUGGACUAUGAAGAAACCGAUUCUGGCCAACCUCAAAGUGUUUGGAUUCCACGCGUAUGUUCAAGUGCCUCAAGGCAAACGGGCGAAGUUCGACUCCAAGUCAUCACUCUGUCGUAUCCUGGGGUACGCCGAACACCAGAAGUCAUAUCGACUCGAGGAAGUGUCAACAAGAGCGAUCAAGAUCAGUCGCGAUGCCACGUUCAUGGAAGACAAGUUUAAUGAAGGUCCGUGCAACUACAACGAUGAGUCAAGUACCGUUGAUUUUGAUGAUCAAGACGAGGACGAAGGAAAAGAAGAAGGUAAAACUGACGUCGACCUGAAUUUGAGCGACGAUGACGACGAAGACACCAGGUCUUCGAAAAGCAACAUCAAGGGACACACGCGCACUCAAUCACUUGAGAAAUAUACCGUCAUUCCAAGUUCCGAGAAAAGAACGUACAGAGUGGGGGAAAUGCCGACUACAUUCAAGUCGGCGAUGGAAUCAAGCGACUCCGGCAAGUGGAAAGAAGCGUGUGACUCGGAGUUCGACUCGCUUCAGAGAAACGACACGUGA